AUGGCAAGACAAAGAAGAACAGCUCCAGCUUCAAGAUCACAAAGUAGAUCAGCUCACACUGCUGCUUACCCAUCAUCUCAAGCUCAUCCUCAACAAUCCAGUUAUUCCAGACCUCAAACUCAAACCCAACAAGGACCAGGUUUAUUUGGUCAAAUGGCUUCAACUGCUGCUGGGGUUGCAGUUGGUUCAACUAUUGGUCAUACUUUAGGUGCUGGUAUCACUAGUAUGUUUGGUGGUUCAUCUUCAGCUCCUGUUGAACAACAACAAGUUACCAGUCAACAACAACAACAACAAUCAGUUCAAUGUGAUGUUGAUGCCAGAAACUUCACCAGAUGUUUAAGUGAUAACGAUGGUAACAUGCAAAUUUGUGAUUACUAUUUACAACAAUUAAAAGCUUGUCAAGAAGCUGCUCGUCAUUAUUAA